GUUAUUCCUGGUGUUACCUGGUCACCGACAUCGUUACUUCCUUGGUGCAUCACUGCCAGAAUUGGGGGCGAGAAGAGCUCAGAAGCUUGGCGGCCCAAGCCCUGGGCAUCAACGUGCCCUUCGAGGAGUUUCGAGAGGCCUUCGAAGUCCGCGUGCGCGGCAUCAAACACGUCCUGGCUCUCAUGGCACCAUGGGACCAGCCGGUCUACGUCAGCCGCGUUUGGUGCGUCUUCGAAGUUUUUACAGCGGUCAAUGACGCAGAAUGUGAACUCACUGUGAUUUUACCGCCCAAGGAGAUGGAUACUGGGGCUGAGGGAUACUUGUGGUCGUCUCUGGAGCAACUUGAUGUUCAAACUGCCGAAGCCUCCGUGGCUGCAGACAAGGACAAUAUUCUGCGCAUCGUCGCACAGGGCGUUGGCUUCGACUAUCUGAAUCAGGUGGUUCGCCAGCAGCUGCUGCGCUGGCUGGCCGAGAGCGCCUGGCGCGAAGCGUUGCAGCAGUUCAGCACGGGGGAUUUGUUCGGCGACACGGCCGCGGAGAUCGGCGCGCAGCCGCUGAGCUCGUGCGCUCGGGCUGCUGCUGCUUCGGAGUCCGAAGAGAAGGCGAACCUCUUGCGAGUGGUGGGUCAAAACCUGGAAUAUCUCCACAGAGGAGAGGAGGCUGCGGAGGUGUACGCGGAGGCGUGUAGCGUGCUGGAACGACUGGGAAAACUGGAGUCGCAUGAUGGUGCAGCCAUUCUCACCUCUUGGGCAUUGCUGGAGCAAGACGAGAAGAUCGAAGAAGCUCUGCAACAAUUUCGUCGGGCCUGGACCAUUCGCAUCAGCUGUGGCUCUCACAAUACCCUGGAUGCGGCGGAUUUGUUGUCCAUGAUGGGUGUGGCCGAGUGCAAGGCCGGGCUUAUGGAGCCUGGCCUCCGCCACGCCACAGAGGGCUACGAGCUGCGGCAGCGCCUGGAGGGACGUUUAGCGACGCCCUACGGGGCCACGCUGAUGCAAAACCUGGGACGUUGCUGUUGGUUGGCCGGAGAUGAUCAGAAGUUUGGGCCGCACGUGGUGAGGGACGUUGUUUUUUUGGGGGAAAUUUUGGGGAUGGGGAUUUAUCUGAUGUGA